AGCGAAGAAGAAGCCGGCGUCGAUUCGAAGUGGACCGAAUUUGCUCGCUAUACCAAUACAAUACCACCCACACUCUCGUUUGCAUUGUGUCCAGAAUGCCCAUAGCAAGCUGAUGACGCGUGCCCUCAAAAUCAGGGCAAUCGCGUCUUUUGAGUUUUGGCCAAAAAAAAAAAAAAAGAGAGAGAAUUGAAGUAAAAGAGAGAGUAAUUACGGCGGCAGAAGGAGGCUAAACCCUUUUGCGGCCACUCUCGCUCUCUUCCGAUGGUCUCACCUUCUUGAAUCCCCCCCAUCCCAUUUUGAUUCUCAAAUUUUGGUGUUUGGAUGAUGGUUAAAUAACAUCUUACCUAGACUGAAGGCUUUCGCUUUUGGAGGAGGGACUAGUGUAGACCCAGAUAGAUUUGAGCGCUGCUGCUGAUGCAACUCAGAGUCUAAUUAGUUUAACAAGGAAGGAAGAAUUGCAUCCAUCAUGUACGGCAGAGCUGGGCUUGAUAGAUUUAGGAAAGCUCAGUCCUUGGAACCCUUCUCAGUGAAUGCCAAUGCCCAAUCCUCCACUCCAGCUCAGAAGCCCCCCACUGGUGCUGUUCAGGAGGCCGGCCCUCAGCAUCAGCAUCUGACUCAGAUUGGUGAGGGUCAGUCGAGUUGGCAGCCCCCCGAGUGGGCAAUGGAUCCCCGCCCUGGUGUUUAUUUUCUUCAAGUCUUGAAGGAUGGUCAACUUGUCGACCGCAUUCCUCUUGAUAGGCGCCGCAACAUCUUUGGUCGCCAAUCUCAUACUUGUAAUUUUGUGCUUGAUCAUCAGUCUGUUUCCCGCCAGCAUGCUGUUGUUGUUCCUCACAAGAAUGGAAGCAUAUAUGUAAUUGAUUUGGGAUCUGCGCACGGUACUUUUGUUGCAAAUGAACGGGUGACUAAAGACACCCCUGUUGAGCUUGAAGUUGGGCAGUCUUUGCGGUUUGCUGCAUCAACUAGAACUUAUGUCUUACGAAAGAACGAUGCAGCUCUUUUUCCUCGUCCUCCGAUGCCUUCCGAGGUUGACCUGCCACCACCACCUGAUCCAUCUGAUGAAGAAGCUGUUGUCGCUUAUAAUACGCUUCUAAAUCGUUAUGGUCUGACCAGGUCUAGCAAACUGCCUAGGCCCAAUGAGUCAGCUAACUCCGCAAACAAGAAAGGUGACACCCAGCAUCCGGAGAGAGCCUCUAAGAGAAUUAAGAAGGCAAGAGUAUCAUUCAGGGAUCAAGUUGGAGGACAGUUGGUUGAAGUUGUUGGUAUAUCAGAUGGUGUGGAUGUAGAAACAGAACCUGGUCCGAUAGGUGUAAAAGAAGGGCAAAGUCUCGUUGGAAAAUAUGGAUCCCUUGUACAGACUACAGUAAUUCCCAAAGGGAAGGAGCAAUCAUCUGCCAAGGAAGCGAAUAAUUCCCAGAAGGGGAUGACUGAAAAAUUACAACAAGUCUUAGAUAGAGUCAAAACUGCUCCAAAAGGUGGGAUAUAUGAUGACCUUUAUGGAGAAUCUUAUUCGGGCAAAGUGGGCACUUCCUGGGCAUAUCCUUCACUUAGUUCCACUGCCUCUCCAGGUAAAGACUCUGAUGAAAAGCCAUCGAAUGCAAACCAUGGAACUAACUCGGGCCAAGUUGAUGGUGACGAGGAUGAUUUAUUUGGAGACUGAUUGAAGCAAGAACUUGUGGAUGGAUUGUUUUAUUCUCCUCUUUUUGGGUUUGGGAAUGUUUUGGAGGUUGAAAAGCUGUAACGCAUGAAAAUUGUAUGGUCUUGCUUCCCUUGUGGAUGGGAUUUUUGUUGUAAUUCAUCAACAAAUUUCUUUGUAUUGGCAUGCUCUGCCUCAUAAUCUCCAAACCAGUUACUGUCUGAGAUUGUGGCUUCGAAACUGUGUAACCAUAGAGGGAAUGGAAAGGCCGUAUAUGAUGCUGCCAGGUAUGUCAUUUAUUUAACUCAUUUUCAAACCUUAUAUGAUAUGUUUAUGGUGGUGCAAGUCUGGUGUGAGAUGCUGAUACAGUGUUCAACUUUUUUUCUUGAUAAUGAUAUGGCAAGGGGGUUUGUUAGUA